GCUGCCAUGAGGGAGGCGGAAGUGACAUCAGAGAUAAGUACCGUCUAUCUUCCGCCUACCAGCCAAGCGAACAGAGAGUAAUAUCGCUCUUUGGGUUUCCCCACACUAAAACCACUUCUGACUGUCAACACAGGCAGAGUUGACGCCGCUCCGAGAGUCUAUUUUCUUCUCUUCAGAUCACCCUGUAACCAGCUUUCCAAAUGAGUGACGGGGAGUGUGACUUCUUCUGCUUCUUCCGCUGCUGCUGAGCGCGGCCUCUACGCGCCACAGACAGACGGGAAAGCAGUGUCUAGGGGACCAGGGGCGCUAGCAGGUGGAAAGAGGUGUGGGAGGAGACACUGAGAGGUGGAGCGUUCAGCAAGCCAUUUUAGCAAAUAGGAACACCAGUAUCCGACAGGUAGGCCAGCCGUCUACCUGUCCGGGUGAUUGAUUCAAUCGACUGGAUGUCUGUGGACAUGAACAGCCAGGCGUCGGACAGUAAUGAGGAAGACUUUGGAGUGAACUCUGAAGAAGAGGAGGAUGAGGACGAUGGGGGAGAUGAGGAGGAUCAGGGCGACAUUGCCAGCUACUAUGAGGGUGUGGCCAGUGAUGUGGAGCAACAGGGUGCUGACUCCUUCGACCCAGAGGAGUACCUGUUCACCUGUCUGACAUACAAAGAGAGUCAGAGGGUGCUGACGGAGGAGGUUAACACUGUGGCUGCUGCACUGAAGGUUUUACCAGCGGUAGCAAAACUGAUCCUGGUGCAUUUUAGCUGGCAGGUUACACAAAUACUGGAGAGAUAUAAGUCCAACUCCUCUCUGCUGAUGUCAGACGCUCUUGUCCAGCCUAGCAGCACCUGCAGAACAGUCACUGCCCCUCAGUCCCUCCAGUGUGGUGUGUGUCUACAGGUUGUACGGAGAGACUCCCUGCUGGCACUGCCCUGCCAGCACUCCUUCUGCAAAGCAUGCUGGGAGCAGCACUGCACUGUCCUGGUCAAAGAUGGCAUAGGAGUGGGUAUCUCAUGUAUGGCUCAGGACUGUUCCCUGCAGAUGCCAGAAGACUUUGUCCUGCCGCUGCUGCCAGCAGAGGAACUGAAGGACAAAUACAGACGCUACCUCUUCAGAGACUAUGUCGAGAGUCACUUCCAGUUGCAGUUGUGUCCAGGUGCGGACUGUCCAAUUGUCAUCAAGGUGCAGGAGCCCCGGGCACGCAGGGUGCAGUGUAGCCGCUGCAGUGAAGUCUUCUGUUUUAAAUGCCGUCAGAUGUAUCACGCACCCACAGACUGCGCAACGAUCCGAAAAUGGCUGACCAAAUGUGCAGAUGACUCGGAGACAGCUAACUAUAUCAGUGCACACACUAAAGAUUGUCCGAAGUGCAAUAUCUGCAUCGAGAAGAACGGAGGGUGCAAUCACAUGCAAUGCUCCAAGUGCAAACAUGACUUCUGCUGGAUGUGUCUUGGUGACUGGAAGACUCACGGCAGUGAAUACUACGAGUGCAGCCGCUACAAAGAAAACCCUGAUAUAGUCAACCAGAGCCAGCAGGCUCAGGCCAGAGAGGCCCUCAAGAAAUACCUCUUCUACUUCGAGAGGUGGGAGAAUCACAACAAGUCUCUGCAGUUGGAGGCUCAGACAUACCAGAGGAUCCAGGAGAAGAUCCAGGAGAGAGUGAUGAACAACCUGGGAACCUGGAUCGACUGGCAGUACCUGCAUAAUGCUGCCAAGCUACUGGCUAAGUGUCGCUACACGCUGCAGUAUACGUAUCCUUACGCCUAUUACAUGGAGUCCGGCCCACGCAAGAAACUGUUUGAGUACCAGCAGGCCCAGCUGGAAGCAGAGAUAGAAAACCUGUCGUGGAAGGUGGAGCGGGCUGACACCUACGAGAGAGGAGUGGUGGGAGGCGAGGGGGAGCUCAGCGCCAGUGACAGAGGGGAUCUUGAGAAUCAGAUGCACAUUGCUGAGCAGAGGCGACGCACGCUGCUGAAGGAUUUCCACGACACCUGAAGCUCCAUCGCGACUGCAAAGCACCAGCAUCUCUCUCCUCUCUUUACUUCCUUCCUUUUUCUUCCUCGCCCUCCUUCCUCUGCUUCCUUCCAUGGCCCAUCCUUCGGUGCAGUCACAUCUGACCCCUUCUUUCUGCUUCCCUACACUCGCUCAUUUGCUUCCUCCUAUCUGUCAUUCCCUCCUCUCACUCCCAUAAUGCUGCAGGGUCACAGAAUGGCACGAUUGUAUCUCCCUUCCCUCUUCUCAUUCUCAUUGCACCUCAUAUACAUGUUUUGGCUUCAGAGCAUCACAUCCAACGUGGUUACACCUGUUGCAGCUAUUCAGAUCUGAUCAUAAGGUGAAAACAGUGGAUAUUGUUUGAUUUCACUUCAGACAUCUAGAGACUGACAUGAGCAGCUCAAAGCAACAUGUCGCCUCUUGAAAAGAGUGUAAGAGCUGUUAUUCUCCCAACUUUAUCCCUGUGGUGCUUGAAUGAUCAUGAGUAAGUGAAAUAACACUGUUAUGGAUGGAAAACUUUUGUUAUCAAUCAGACUAGGAAGAUGUGGGAGAUGGAAUAAACUGUCAUUAAGGAGAAUGUUUGCUGAUUGUGGAUUUGUAUUUUGUGGUUUCACAUAGACCAUAAUGGCUACCAGGCUGUUUCUGGCAGUUGUUCCCAUGGUACUUACUGUUGGCCAGAACACGUGCAAAGUUUCACACAUUUUAAAUUACUUCUCCUAAGCAAAAGGUUAACAUUACAAGAACUGAAUACGGCAAAAGUGAUGAUGUAGUUUUGGAAGGAUUUAUGGAAGAAGCUGUUUUGUUUCCAGCAGCUAUUGCGAAACCUGGAAACUAUGCCAGCAAGUGUAGUGUGAUACUGCAAGAUGAAAAGUGGCAUUGCCCUGGCUCUGUUGGAACAAACUUUAUUUUCAACUAGUACAAAUACAACUUGACUUGCCAAUGAACUCUUCUCAGCAGCAGACUAUGAGGAUCUUUAAUUGUAAACGUCCUAUAUUUAGAUAAUAUAUUCUCCCAUAAAAUGUGUAUAUGGUGUGUUUACUGUGGGAAAAUGGUGAACUCACAGUCCCACAUACUCCUCAAAAUACUUGAAAAAAAGAGAGUACAAUAUUUUGCUACAUAUGAUGCAUGUUCAUGUACACAUAAUAGUUAAGAAUAAGAUGAAUGUGUGUUUGGAAGACAACUUUUUUAAAGACCUUGUUGCCGCUCUUUCACAAUAAACACACCUUCCUCCGUUGCUUGCUUUAGUACCAAACUGGACCUGCUGCAGCCAAUACAGUCAUCACAUAGUUGCCAAUCUUUAUGGUCCAAGUAAAACUACUGAAUUCUUGUCUUUUUGCAUUCUCCUGCAGGUGUUGUUGCUUGAUCGUGUUCAGCUAAUGUAGAUAAGCCAGACCCUCGCCAGAACAAAAUAACAUUUGCACCUCCACUGAUCAGAUGAUGAAGUUGUUUGAAGCAGCAAGUGUAAUCUCAGCCAUUCACGCACACUACAGCACCACCUCUCGACAUAGCAUUUGCACGCACAUACCACAAUACACAUCGACACACUCGCGCUCAAACACUCCACUGCAGAAUAUAAACAUUAACCGUUUACUGUCUCCUCCCCCCCAUCUCGUGCUCUUCUUCUUCUCCUCUUUAUUUAAAUCCAUCCCCACACUUCUUUUUGCUCUUGAUUUUCUCUUUUCUUCCUGCUCACAUUUUCACUUUUCUUCUGGAAAAUGGCUGUUGAUAGAUAGAUCGUUUAAAAAAAAAAAAAAAAAUGGGGAAAAAAAUAACAAAAUACAAAAAAAUUGUUGUAAUUUUCAACGGUUGUACAUUAAUACAGAAAUAGAGUUACUGAGAGUUUUUAAAACCGAACCUCGUCUCUUGUGUGUUCAUUACACACACACAAACAUACACAAAAGGAAGUGCUAAACAGAAUUUUACCAAAAUUUCAGUGGCUAGCAGUCGAGUAAAAAAAUUGUCCUGCUUAAAUCUAAUCGUGGUGUUUUUUGCCAUAUUACAAGAAGAAAAUGUGAUUAGUUAAUAAUUCUAUUGGUUAAAUGUUUCAACAGGAGGUUCCCGUUUCAGUUGAGUUUUUGACUCCAACAUUUGAGGAAUAACAUCUUAGAAUGAGGAACAUAACCACGUAGAGACUUAUUACUGCAGAUGAAAAUACAACUGAAACAUACAAAGCCAA